GGAGAGAGAACGGAACGGGAACGGCGCGGAACCAAACGUACCGAGUAGAAGGAGGAGCUGAAGGAGACUCCGGUGGUGGUGGAGGUGGAGCAAGAGGAGGAGGAGAACGGAACACGAGAGAUCGGCAGCACAGUUUCGUGUUCAGCUCAGCUCGGUUCGGCUCAACCUCGUAUCGGAUCCCCGUGUUUUUCUAAGCCGAAUCGUUGGUCAAAUUUCUCUGUCUAUCGGAUCUCUUCCCCCCUCCCCCUCUCUCUUUCUCGCCUCCGCCCCGCUCGUUUUCGCCGGCCGGCCGAGAAAGGGAGGGUUCUCCGGCCGAGUGAAAAAUCGCCCGGAGAUCGUCCAUUUAUCCGCGAAUCGCCCUACCGUUUACCCGAUCCUUCGUAACACGCGGCCAAUAUCCAGAGUGGUGCGCAGUUCGCAACGUACGCGGAGGGAUCAUGGGAUCGACGUGUCAUCUGACAGUGGUGGUCGCGCUGUUCCUUCGAGCGGCCACUCUACACGCCCAUCGUGAGCACAAGGUUCACAACAUCGUGCUGUAUCCUGACAAGCACAGCUGGUGUCAGACUACCCAGAUAAAACAGGUCGUCACGUGGCCCCAGUGCUCCUCCCAGGAAUUGGACAACAACGUCUGCGUGGGAGCUUGUUUCUCAUACAUGGUGCCGCACAGCGAGCCAUCCGCCCCCGGCGAUCUGAUCAGACCUUACUGCGACUCGUGUCAGCCGUUGGACAGUGUUUGGCACACGGUCACGUUGGACUGCAAGGACGAGACGAACAACCCUAUCACGAUGCAGAAGAAGGUCCAAAUCAUCACCAAUUGUUCGUGCACCUCGUGCAUGGAGACUUCUCGUAUCAAGCCGGACUACAACACUCUGCUGCAAUCGUUGACCGACGAAAGUUUGGACAAGAACGUGAACGUGGUGCACGAGAUGCCGGAUCUGUUGGAGAACCCCAACUUGAACUUCUCCAAGAACACGAGCAGGGACGGUGUCCAGGCUAACGAGAGAUUCAUGCAGAACUUCAAACAGUUGAAAGACUCGGCCAAGUUGGGGACGAAAGAGCUGUUCUCCAAGCUGGACGAGGACAUCAAUUUCGACAAGUUGAGGGAGCUGUUGGACAAAUACGGCCAGGAGGAGGAGAAGCAACACUCUCAUCAGCGCCUCCACCAGCAUCAACAUCAAUCGGGCGGGAAACAGCAGCAGCAGCAGCAGCAGCAGCAACAGCAGCAACAACCUCAGCAUUACACGACCACGAUGCUUCGAGGGCCCCAUCAUUCCAUGGUUCUGGACUCCGACGUGAAAGAGAAGAUCGACGUGGAGCCCCAUUAUCUUCAUCCGGCUGUCGCGGGCCAAGAAAUCAGCUAUCACGACAACGUGCUUGUUGACAAGGAUAAGAAAAAGGAUUUCUGAGGGGGGAGGGGGGAGAAGGGGUGGAAGACCCGCGUGGUAGGUCCAGUCAGGGUAGGUCGGGUCGGGUGGAUCGGAGUCGGCAGAGAUCCGUUUGGGUAUCGGUGAACGAGAUCGAUUUCUUUUCCAUUUUAUUAUUUGUUAAGAUUCAUUCGUGACCUAGUCCAAUCCAGUAGUAAAUUGUCCCAUUCGAUUCGACGGUAAAUGAGAUUCAGCUCGUUUCGCGUGCUAUCACAUACAUAUGUAAAUAGAAGAGAUUCCUCGUUUUAUUUUAUUCUCGUUCUUAUUUUCUUUUAUAUCUUUUCUGUUGGCAAAAAAGAUAAUACUCUUUUUUUUUUUUUUUUUUUCUUUAGUAUUAUUAUAUUAUUAAACCGUUAACAUCGGGAAACACCGAGUUGGAAUUAAGUGUAAACGAGUGCAAAAACCUCGUUAGGAUUGAAUCAUAUUUAGGGAGAUACGUGGAUAAGUAAAUGAUAUGGAAAGGAAGAGAAAAAGGGGAGAGAGAAAUUCUAAUAUAUAUUUAAUUAUUAUAUUAAUUAACUAUUUAAUAUACUCACGCGUCUAAUAAACGAAUAUUACGUCCGUUCCGGAAUUUUAGUUAUUAAAAAACAUAGCAGGACUGGCAAUCAUUGUAGACCACUUAAAGAUGUUAUAUGUCUUGUUGACUGCUUUAAAAAAAGGAAAAAAAAAAAAACGUAUACUUUGUCUCGUAGAGAAUAAAACCAAGUCUGUACAAUUUUUUCCUCAUAUGCAUCCUCGAUCAUUCUCCCGCUUUAGAAUCGCUUCUUCUUCUUCUUCUUUCUUCUUCUUCUUAAAAAAAAGCUCGAGCGUAAUUUAGAAAUUAACGAAAAAUCAAAGAAGGAAGAAUUAUGAGCGAAAAAAAGAAAAGAAACGAAUGCAAAAGAGAAAAGAAAUGUGAGACGAGUCGAUAUACGAAUCGUAACGUAGCAAUCGUGAUGCAAUUAGAGAUGAAAGGAAUAAAUGUAAUUGAAAGACGGAAUAAAAAUUGGAGCAACGUUUCGUUUCGUUCUUCGAAAAAAAAAGUCGAGAAAAAACUUGACAAAUUUCCAUACACUUAUCAAAGAAAACCAUUACUCGCCAUUACUUCCACUUUCGUUAUCGCUUUCGAUCAUAUAUAAAAUAAAAUCAUCUUGCUUUAUCGAUGGGUAAAAAAAAAAAGAAGAAGAAAAAAGGGGAAAAAAUGGCCACCUUGAUCGAUGAUCGCGAUCGAUCGCGAAUAAUACUCGGUUCGGAUCGAAGAUCGGUAAAUCUGUGAUAGAUAAGAGGCGUCGGUUGGAAUGGAAGAAAUUGUCGGUGAUAAGGAACGGUUUCGACCAAUGAGCGGCGCGAAAGCGAGCGGAUCGCCGGUACCGAAGAGCGAUUACAACUCGGUAACGGAACGAGGAUCGAGCGAGGCGGCGACGAGCAGUGUUGCUCGGCGCUCCGUUGCGCGUCCCUGCUGCUUUUCUGCGCGGUCGCGUAGCGUUUCACUGUGACGGCGCAGCUGCGCGUGCCACCGAGAAAUUAUGUUGCCCGGUUGCUGACACCGCGAAAACGAAAACGGGAAGCGAAAGAAAACCGAAGAUCGCACGCGAUGCCCAACAAACCCCUGGUUACUCGAUCGCCUUUAAAUGCCCACCGACAAUCCGACAAACGUCAUCACGGCAAUCGUCGUCACAUUAGAGAAAGUGGAUAGCAUCGAAUUCGUACGAGCCUCCUCCGAGCCGAGGACAGCCACCAUGGACGACGGUAGGCUUCUGUUAUUUUAAACGUUGCUUGUGGUGAUGGUUGCUGGGUUCGCUCCGCUACUCUGUCUCCUCUGAGAAUAGGCCGAAUUUGCGAAUUUAAAAUUUGAAAUGGGAUUUGAGAUCGGAAGUUGAGGAAGAAGCUUCGAGAAAGAUUCUCGGUCGACCUGAAUUUUCUAAUUAAAAAUAUAGGGAUAUUUAAUGUGUCGGGAUGGUGAGAUAUAUAUUAUACGUUCGAACGAAGCGAGGAGGUUGAUGAUGAGUGGUUAUUGAGGCAUUGAGGCGAACGAAGUGUUUACGUUUAUAGUCACGCUAUAAAAGUAACAGCGAAACUUUCCUUUGCGUCAGUCGUCGACCGGUCUCCGGUUGCUCAAUGUUACGCCAAUACUUUGCGAGACAAUCUCGAAUCGAUAUCGAGAUCGAGGCGAUUCGAAACUUUGUUCCAGGCCAUGAUUGGGCAGACAGGAAUUAAAAGUAUCCCCGAAUGCAGUACGCACGAAUAUGUCGUUCAAAUUAUCGUUCAAAAGUAGACGGAUAAUCCGUAUUUAUUAUUCGUUAUAAAAAUAACGCGAUUUCGAAAUAGCCACGUUUCUUUCUAAGACGUUUCAUUCAAAGCAUGCAGUAAUCUCGAUGAACUUUGACAAUGAACGCGAAAAUUAUUAUUAUUAUAUCGAUCUGCGAAUGACGAAUUAUAUUUCUCGAGCGUUCAAUUUUUGCAAAAUCAAACUGAUCGAUCGUCCAUCUAUUAGAGGAAAUUUAAAGAAAACUUUUUCGAUUCGGAAGAUACUUAAUAAUAAGAUAGAAAUCGAAAGUGCGAUCUUUUUUCAUGGAACAAAAAUAUAAGAUAAAACGAAAGGAAAGAUCAUCGAGCAAGUUUUAUAAUUUUUCUUUUUUCGCGAAUUUUCACAUUUCCUCGAAAUGUUGUCGCGCGCGGUUAAAAAUGCUACGAAUUCAAAGUGGAGGACGCACUUUGCUGCCCUAAUUAUCUCACGAAUGACCAUUGUCCACUCGAAACGAUUCGUCAAUUAAGAGGCGACGUAUUUAACGAACGAAGUUAUGAAGUGGCCGAGAUCUCGGUCUAAAGUGUUCUAAUAUAACGAUUUAAAAAGUUUAAAGCUCUAAGAAAAAAAAUCUCGUCGAUUGGUAUUAAAGUACAAUUGAUAUCGAAUUCGAUUUCAAAUAAAUAUAAAUGAUUAAUCGUUAUUUAAUGUAAAGAUUAAAAAUCGUAAACGAUACAGAUAAUUAUCUUUUAAUAAUUACGUUUCAUAUUUUGAUAAACAAUUAAUAAUCGAUAUACGUUUUUUAAUUUUAAUCGAAUUUAAUCCAAUUAAAGUAAUUUUCGAUUUUUCAAUUGCUACGUUAUUUUCUACCUGUUGUCACGUUAUUUUCUACAUGGCUGGUUUUUCUAUUUAUUCGUUUUAUCGGUAACAACAGUUCGUCAACCUUAUCAAUACUUAUCAUUGCAUAUUCGUAAUAUUUUUUGUUGACUCGUGACGUCUUCUUCUACUGUGAAGAAACACAGAUUUUGAGAAAUCUCGCAAAAAUUAAGCAAGUUUUCCUUAUCGAAAUAUAAUUAUAUCGUUUUAUAUAUCGUUUUAUGUAAAUAUAUCUAAUUAAAUACACGCAUUUACAUUUCUCGACGAAGGAAUUUCUGAAAAAUGAGAAAUAUCUUCCAAUUAAUCUAAGAUAUAAGAGAUACCAGAUUUCUUUAUCUGAUAAUAAUCAAAAAUUCUAAUCGUGAAUAAAAACUUCGUUCCAUAUCGCUUGCAAAAAUUUUUAUACUUUGAUAUUUUUAUAUUUUUCUAGGAAUCGACGAUAUUUCCUUGUCGAUCAAGCCCCUUCGUUCGUAAUUUAACAGAUAUAGAAAUCUCGUGGUUCUUGAUAACCCCGAAGGUCACUCGUUGCAAUCAGACAUCAUUCACAAAUCAAAGUAAUUUUUUCUUCGCCUCUAUCUUGGCUGAGAAAGACACAGAGACCGUAUCAGAAGAGAAGAUACAAAGAUACACCGUUCCACUUUGAAAUCUCAUCAAAUCUCGUCGUAGUUGAUUUUCCUAUUAUAAAAAUAGACGUAGACACGGAAAUAAUAAUUUUCCAUGUACCAUUGAACGUUUCUCGAAACGAUGAUUCUGUCCGUAAAAUAACAGUGGUUCGGUGUGCAACCUUGAGUCAGAUCUAUAAUUGCUAUUAAUCGCGCGUCUCCAAAUAUGAUGUUCCACGCGCAUGAUUUUGCACGAAUCAUGCACAAUCGUAAAUAAAAUAGUUAAUAAUUCCGAUGUUGGAAAUGGCCGAUAUUUCGACCAGCGACGAAAUCAGGGUCGAGUCACUGGAUUAUUAUAGAUCCGAAAAGUUCAAACGGCCAUGACGAUGGUCGAGCGGCGCUUCUAAAUUCGCAGGAAGCGAGGCAGGAGCGGCAAGGGAGUGAAUAAGUAGAAUAUGAGACGAUUUUCAUCGAAUCGGUCGACGACACUACUCGAAAAUAGCAUGGAGGCCGAGACGGGUCUGUCUUUCGCGGCAUUUAUUCGAAUUUGAAGUCGAGUUUGCCAACGAUUUAUCGCGUAAAUCGUUUAGGAGUUUGUUCAGUGACACGUUUGAUAAGAAGGGAAACGAGGAAAGUCUUUCUUCUUUAUGAGAUAUCUUCGAAUCGAAAUAAAUCAUCUCGACGACUCGAUCGAUCAAAUAAAAAUUUCUUAUUUGAACAAAAAAAAAAAAAAAAAAAAAACGCGAUAAGAUAAUUUUCUUGAAAAAAUAAUGUAAAAAAAAAAAACUCUCGUAAAUUUCGACACCUCGAUAAUAGGAAAAUAAUCUUUUCAUUUGACUUUUAAUAGCUCGCGUUUUUUAAUUAUAUCCUCAAAAUCUCGUUCAAAAAUUCAAACAGGCAUUCGAGCUAUCGAUAAAACUAACUGGCUGAAUUCAACAACAAGACAUUAUCGUGUUGCAAACAUCAAAUUCCUAGAUGUUUGCAGAUGAAACGUGACCGAUUAUCGGAUAGACGAAUUCGUAAUAAGAGUAGAUAUACAGGGCUUUAUUUGAUCAAUAAAAUCGCAAAACGCACACGUGAAACGUGAUCGGAUAUAGGAAACUAUGAUAAACGAGAUAAACUCGAAACACGUGUCACCUAACCGGAAAUCCUAUGAUUCGGAAAAAUGAGAGGCGCAUAAUUAAUAAUAAAGCGUCGCAACUUUGGUCGCGGGAAAUUGCGUGUCAACGCUUACGCAAUUUGCAAUAUUCACCUUACAUAAGUUUCGCUAUCUCUUGGCCGGUAUAUAAUGACGACAUCCAAGAAUUCUCGAACGCAGUAUGAAAAAUUCAAAAACCCACGAUUCCUGACUGAGAUUAGAGAAAUCGAGAGAGAACAAUUCUGGGAAACGAUGUAACGAGAACAAAUCUUGAAACGUAUUUAUUAACGCUUUUCCUGAUUCUCCGCAUAUUCGUAUAUAUAAUAAAUGUGUAAUCACCGAAUAAAUUAAUCGCAAUUCGGCGAUGAGAUUUCCUCCGGUCAUUAACGAUAUCUCCCUCAUUGAUACUCAUCCGUUCUACUAUCUGACCUAUAGUUGAUGGAUAGUGUCGCGUUACCAGCUUGUCUUCAUUCAAACAAACAUGUCCCUGUUAUCGUUAAAACAUUGAAACAUAAUCUUUAAACGAUACUAUAUAUAGAAGAACAUGCGGCACCACUUGUGAUUUUGAAAAUCGACGCUAUUUUACGAACCUCGCUCGAAGAGAAGGCUUCUGUCGGAGCUCGAAUAGUCGUUAACGCGUCGAGUGAGCUAAGAAAGAUUAAAAUUGAAGUUAACCAAAAGAGGAUACGGGAAAGAAAUCCCCCACUAACUGCACGAGAGUUAGGUGUGAACGUUUCAGACAGUUGGCACGUGCUGGCCACGGUAAAAAGAAAGUUAGCUCGAACAGAGUAUUGACCACGAGGCUCUCGGGCUCGUUCAAUACUCCGAUGGAGAAUUUAAGCGAGAGAGGGAGUAAGAGCGAAAGAGAAAUGACAAGUAUCAUAAAAGCAGGUAUACUGCUCGAUUUACCUGGGUUUCACAGUUACAACGCUUGAACAAUUAUAUUCCGGUAACUACUUAAAGGAUAAUGGAAAAGAUAUCGCCAUGAAAACAGGCAUGCAUUUUAAGUCCCGUACAAUUAACAGGGCCGUCCUCACGCUACGGAAGGCGAUUUAGUGGGAACAAAUGAGUCACGAAUGGCAACGUCGUCGUAGGUCGAGGCAGAACCCAAUGGUAGGGAUAUCUCAGGCACGACUCCGAUAAAAUUGGGGCCCCGAGCUUAUGGUUAGCCCUUGAGAGUACGACAAUGUGUAUGAAAUAACGAGUACAAAGGUCGAUAAUGUCGUACAAAAUUUCGAUAAUGUCGCUUCGAUCGAUUGUUUCAUUCGUUUGUUCGAUUGAAAAAAAAUAAAUUUAAUCGAAUCGAAAUUUGAGAUUCUAAAAUGACUUUCGUGACUCGAGCAAAAUUAUAAAAAAUUUUUAGUUUUAUUAUCUGUGAGAAAUCGCUGACAACUCGUGUGAACGUUCGCAUGAAAAUCAACAAACGACAGCAAGUAUCUCGAAUAGUUUUACGUUUCUCGAAACGUUGACAAAGCGUAAUCGAAUCGGUAUUCGUUUCGAAACGUGAUAACGGAGCUUGACACGUGGCGUACCUGAAAAGAGGUGACGAAGAGUACAGCCCUGAACCGGGAUGGAAGCAGGCAAGAGCGCAAGUCUUCUGCUAAUGCCAAACGAUUCCCUUAAUACACUCGCGUCUGGAAUCUCGUUGUAAUUGGGUUGAACGCUUUGUGCCAGCUGUCGCAUACUUGUCAGUAUUUCACAGUGAUCGUACAAACCGGUCUAGCACGAAACUCGGCGAGGGGAUCGCGGUUGUCGAGCGAGAAUAAUUCAAGCGAGCACGGUCGGAAAGUAAGAGAAGGAGUGUUAGAAGCGCGACUCGAAAGGAACGGCUGGCUGGACGCCAUCUUAGAUCCAUCGCGAGCACGUUGCAGACAAAGCGGUCGAAGAAGGUCCGAGGAAUCGCGAAGUUUCCGAGAAAAUAAUUUCCAGGCAUGCGAGAAGGAAAGGUGUCAUUUUUCCUCGAACGUGAACGCUUAUAAAACCCACACAGUUUAUGUCGACAGAGGCAGAAGUGGUGCUUUCUGUGAGCGAGAAAACUACUGUGCGGCUGCAGAUGCAUGAAACGCAAGUGAAACGAAAACGGUGUGCAAAGUGACUUCUUGGAGGAGAGAGAUUUUUUCUUUUCUGUUUCCUAAUUUACGGGGUCCUAAAAGGGCGAAGCUGAUAAUCGACGCGAGCGAACGAAUUGAAAUUUCCAGCAUGAGUAAGAUACUAGGUACAAACUAUUGCACCGUGUUCUCUGUACUUAGAAGUCCCGAAGAGGGUGAAUCGUUUAAACGGAUCAUCUGAAAGAAGAAUUCGUCGACGAGCGAAAGAUAAGUUGGAAUAACGUGAAAAAGAGAACGGAUUUUGUAUAUCGAUAGUCAAUCCGUCGAGAGCGAUUAGUCAGAAUUAAUCAAUCGGAUUACGAGCGAUUGUCACGAGUGAAUAUUAGUGUUAAAAGAAGUGCGUCGGUUUUUCGUGCGUGAAAAAAUAAAGUGCUUAUUCAUUUUAAAAAUCAUUCUAAGAACUCGUGGGAGUCGUGUGAUCACCUUUGAGAAAGGAACUUUAACAUUGACGUAAUCGAUUCUAUAUAUAGGUGUUCGAAAUUCGCGAAACGGUGAAUCGGUUAUACCAGUGAGGUGCACAUAUUUUAUUUUGAAACAACUUUUAUUUUUCCAGAGCGUUAAUCGAACUUUUCGAUCGAGAUUUAUUCGUGUACUUAAAACGUUGAAAAGUCGAGGUUCGUGACUUCUCGAUUCGAGACCGUGAAAAUAAAUUUUUUGCUCGUUUCAGUCAUCGAUAACGCGAUCGAUAGAUCAUUCGUCGAUUCGAUCGUAACGCAUUUGACCGAUAACGCAGAUCUCUGUCGAUCGAAGAGGAUCAGAAGAAAAUACACAAGUGUGAUUCGAACCGGAAUUGACCAAGUCGACCAAGUUUCUCUGCCGAUCGAAACAUCCGACGGCAUCCAAAAUACUUUUAUAACCCGUAAUGUAUUUGAGAUCGCACGUACAGGCAGCAAAAGGGAGGCAUGAGAAUGCAAGAGAGGCGAUAGAAAUUGGCUGCGGAGCAAAAGGCCGAGAUAACAUUGGACCAGCCGCGAGAGGCAAGGGAAAGACGAAAAAAUCUCUGGUGAACUGCUGGGAUUUGGAAGAGCCUCAGCUGCUUCAUCCGAGAUCGACCGACAGGAAUUCGAAACAGGCGUCUGUGCAACGCGGUAUGAGCGAAGGUGAACGAGCAGUGACCACGCCACGAAUUGGCUGGCGAAAGCUCACCGAUCCUGGCGACUGACACGAAUCAAGGAACUCGGGGGCAGGUCCGAAGCGAUAGCACCAGCUACUGUUUCAUAGCCAACGUCGUCGUUGUCCUGCCACUCAACCUAGCCACUGCCGCCUCAACUCUCGUGGAAGGACCUUCGAGUCCCGACCCGUACGACAGGAUACCGCUAUAUCCUGACGCGUCCUCGAUUAUUUAAUGUCAGCCAAAUGCAAGAGAACGCUCCGUUGAGAUUUACAUCGAGAACAUUGAAGACGGACCCGAAAAUGGCGGGCAAUCGGUGUCGGUAGCAGACGGGGUUAUUGCCUAAAACAGCCGUCUCCUCGUCCUGCGCUAUUAUUGAGGGACGAACAUUCGCUUCGUUUCGGCUAGAUUCCCAUUUUUCUCUCUUGUCACGAGUAUUUUAUCCUCGUCGAUUUCCCUCUGAAGCCAGUUGACGAACUUUCGUGUAUUAUCCAUUAUUUUUUUUUCCUCUCUUUUUUUCAACAUUGUAUUGUUGUUAUAUAAGCAACAAAGGCCCAUGAUUGGCCCAUAGACAAUAAAUCGUAGUCGAUAGAAGAGUAGUGGUAACAUGUAGUUGUGGAACGUACAAGAUAAAAAAUUAGGAAGAAGGACAAGAAACGUCGAAAGGGAAAACGCUGUCGUGAUACCGCAAAUAGUAUCCUCGCUGAGUGAUCUUCCGCGAGACCACGAACAAUUGUACCUAAUUAAAAAAAAGAGAAAAGAAAA